AUCCAGUCUCCUUCGUUAUCGAAGACGUUUCCGGAGGACAAGACAACAAAAUACCGGAGAGACAAGCGCCUACAACUCUUUCUACGUUCGGUCUAGUCGAGUUGGAGUCAUAUCCUGGCUUCUGUUCGAUAUCUGUGGCAACCUUUCUCCUUGUCUUUAACAUCUAUACGUUCCAGCCCCACCAGCCCCGAUUGAGCGACACAUAAUCUGCAAACAUCGUUCCCCUCUGCCCAAAUUACCCAUCUGCCACAACCAUGGGAGACGACCAGUCAUACAUGCAGAGCGCCCUGCACCAAAUCCAGGCGAGUCCGGGGUACCCCACGCUACCUCUAGAUGUUCCUCUGAAUACGCGAGAACGGCAAGUGAAGGAGGUGCCGGAACCAGCCACAUUUAAACCGACCGAUGAGCAAUUCUUCAAACACGAUUCGCAUGGGAGGAGGAGACCAAACCCCGAUUUCUUGCGAGAGCACUUUUUGAGGGAGGGCAGAUUGACGACCGAACAGGCGGUGACGAUCCUCAGGCAGGCUACGGAUCUAUUGGCUUCGGAAGCGAAUAUCCUAGAAGUUCGAAGUCCAGUUACAGUGGUCGGGGAUAUUCAUGGUCAAUAUUACGACUUGAUGAAGGUGUUCGAAGUGGGCGGGAACCUUUCCGAUACAAACUAUAUAUUUCUUGGCGAUUAUGUAGACAGAGGUUGUUUUGGCAUCGAGUGUUUGUUGUAUCUUUAUUCUCUCAAGCUCUGGUGGCCCGAACGAAUGUUUCUCCUUCGUGGAAACCACGAAUGCAAACAUCUCACAGAAUACUUUACUUUCAAAAGGGAGUGCCUCCACAAAUACUCAGAAGAGGUGUAUGAGGCAUGUCUCGAAUCAUUCAACGCACUGCCCGUCGCAGGCUUGUUAGAUGGCAAGUUCUUCUGUGUUCAUGGUGGAAUCUCUCCUGAGCUGAACACACUCGAUGAUAUACGCCGUAUGCAUCGGUUCGAGGAACCAAAGUCGCACGGUCUCCUGUGCGAUCUACUUUGGGCGGAUCCGAUACCUAACUUUGGACACGAAAACGAGCCAUCGAACCAGGGUCCUGGGAUUCCCAAAGGAACUUUAUGGGAACACAAUGGCGUUCGAGGUUGCUCAUACUUUUACACGUAUGAGGCUGUGGUAAAAUUUUUGGCGCGGAAUGAGCUUCUGGGAGUCAUUCGAGCGCAUGAGGCACAGGACGCGGGAUACACCAUGUUCCGCAAGACGCCAACUAAAAAGUUUCCAUCCGUAAUAACAGUGUUCUCUGCGCCAAACUAUCUUGAUGUGUACCACAAUCGCGGAGCUGUACUCAAGUAUGCCAACAAGAACAUCACGAUCCGGCAAUAUCAUUCGAGGAACCAUCCCUACUGGCUACCGAACUUCAUGGACGCGUUCACAUGGAGUCUGCCAUUUGUCGGUGCAAAGAUCAUCGAGAUGCUGCUUGCUAUCUUGAGCAUCUGCUCUGAGGAAGAACUCGAAGACACAUCUUCUGAUGAAGACAUGGACGAGACCCGCACAAUUCCCGAUGUGGCGCCCACCCCGAGCGAAUUGUCUGCGAGGCGGGAGCAAAUCAAGAACAAGAUCUUGGUAGUUGGGAGGAUGCAAAGGCUUUUCCAAUUGCUCCGUGAGGAGUCUGAAAAUGCCUCAGAGCUCGCGCCUAGCGAUGCGGAAAUGGCUGGCGUCGAUGGCCCCCGAGUGGGCAACGACGCGCUCGGUGUACAGGGCAACCAAAUCCGACAGUACAUCCGCAGCUUUGACGAUGCCCGCCGCCUCGAUCAAGCAAACGAGCGCCUUCCGCAUUUCGACUUUGCGCCCACAUCGUACCCGCUUGUGCCUGUGCCAUCCAUGCGGCAACCCUUGCACACCCAAUUACAGCGGUCUUACAGCGGCGCCAGUACACCGACGGGCGAAACAGAUGAUGGAGAGGAUGCGGUACCUCCCGGUGCAUGGCCUCAACAGUUGGGCAUGGAGGCACUCAUCCGGCGCACACUCGAGGAAGACGAGGGCACGGGUGGAGUGGUCGAACUGCUCGCGGAGCGGAUUGCCAGAGGACGCAAGCCGACUGGGAGGCCGCGCCCUCUGAAGAGACACGAGACUGCGUGAUCGAGCUGGGCCGCUACGAUAUUAGUCUGGCGACUGCCUCGCCUGAACGAAUGGAUGGAUGGAUGGAUGAAUGGAUUUAUGACGACUACGAAGACUGUAAUCUGUAUACCUGUGUACGUCCUGUUUGCAGUAAUCGCUGUGUGGCUCGUUGAUGGCUGUGGUGAGGUUCCACCGUCUGUGCAAAGGUGAUUGAUGAUC